AUGGAAAUUUAUAAUUUGAUGUCAUAUUACUUUAAAAUACUUAUAGUAAGUUUGUUAUCUUUAAGUUUAGUAGAAUUUGCUUCAUGUCAAGAAGCUCCAAAAGCCCCAAAAGCUCCUACGAAUUUGAUAGUUGAAACUAUUGGAACUAUAACAAAACAACCUUCCGUAACCGUACCAGAAAACCUUGCUGUACCAACGGGUCAUUCAUUCGCAUUCUUACUUUACGCAAGAGGAGAUCAAUUAUAUCAAUGUGUCGUCUCCGUUCCUGGACAAGCUUCAUCUUCGCAAUGGUUAAAUGUUAACGUCGAUUCCUAUUUUAUUAACGAAUUAAAAGACCAACACUUCGAUCCUGCUUUCCAAGUUGUACAUCUUUACAAUAUAAACCCAGCGAUGAAUGGUGGAAAUUAUACUUGGGAAGCCUUACUUAAAAAUGAUACUACCAAAUUAACUGCUAAAUCCGUAAAUACAUCAUCUCAAGGUGAUGCAAACUUACCUUGGGAAUUAUAUGCUGCUACGCAAAGGGAUGAAGGUGGUAGAUUUAGCACUAUAUCUUAUGUCCUUAGGUUAAAUACAAAUGGUGGAGUUGCUCCUCCUAAGAAUGAAUGUGGAGUUCAAUAUACUGACAAAUCAACGAAAACAACUACAUAUGAGGCUGAAUAUUGGUUUUAUGAAGGUCCUUUGCCCGGUACCGAACAGAAUAAUGCUCAAAAUAAAACUACAUCUGACGCUUCAAGUUCAUUACGUAAUAAAACUCCGUUAUCUUCAAUGUCAAUUGGACCUGGUCAAUUAGGUUGGAUUGCCAUUGUUGGUUUUGUUUCUGUUG